AUGGCGGAUCUGUUAGACCUACAUCCAUAUCUCCUUUGUUUGACCUUUGGCAACGAUGCAAUGACAUGGUUAUCUCAUAGAUUUCAAAAGGAUAGGAUUUACAGUAAAACUACUACAAAAGUAGAAAUGGAAUUGGCAGACAGGGCAGUUGGGUUCAUUUUAGCAAGCAUCAGUGUGACUGUUUUCACGUAUUACUCCUUUUGGGUGAUUGUAUUGCCUUUUGUAGACUCGGAUCACUUUGUACACAGUUACUUCUUACCCCAAGAGUAUGCAAUCCUGCUACCUGUUUAUGCUGGUGUCUCUCUCAUUUGCUUCUUAUCUGUCUUUAUUGGAUAUGUCAUGCUUAAAUCCAACUCCAAGAAGAAGAAAGCCUAGUUCAAGUUUUGCAAUCUAGUCUUAUUUUUCUAGUUUUGCAGAGGAAAUAUGACAUGUUUUGGAAAAAUAUAAAUAUAUGUGUGAUCUCUCUAAAUACUAACUGUAAUUUCUCUUCAUAUCUUUAGACGACGUAUUCACUUGCCAAAAGCAUUUCAGUUUUAAUUUGAAAUUCAAAGCUACAGCAUUGUUUAUGUUACAAACGGAUACAAAGGGAAAUAUUGAAACACAAUUGUUAUCGGAA